CUUGUUACCGAUGCUCCUGGGUGGCUGUUCUGCGGGGGCUGCUCUCCCCUGGUUGAUGGAUCAGCUCUGUGCAAAGCCUGCAGACGGGGCCUGGGAUGAGCUGAUGAACUGCAAAGCGGGGUGGUUCUCAUGCGUGUCUGGAAGACAGGCCAUAGGAAAGAGGAAGAGUAUUUUUCUGGGCUACUGCUGAGUCAGAAAAACUUAGCUCCCAAAUGGACUGUACCAAGAGGCCUUACCUGGCUGGAAACUGAUUCACAGCAUAGCAAAGAGGCCGUAGCCAUCGCUCUUGAGUGCUGCCUGGAUCGUGUUACUGGAGUCAAGUGUGAGAAACUCAUAAAAGAUGCAGCAGCUUCUGGGUGCAUGAAAGCCCCUGCUGUGACACCUUCUCGUGCUCCCCAAAGGGCAUCUUUUAUCCGGGCCUGAGCCAUGAGGAAGGCUUUCUCCCACCUUCUACUCUGCCCAGUAUUUUUCAUGAGGUCUGUGGAAAAGAGCCUGUGAGUGGGCACCUGUACUCUGAGGUGGACGCUGAUCACUGCUCGGUUGGCCCAGGGAGCUGCUGAAUUCACCCACAAGGUGUGAGAACUGCAGGGCUGGUGCUGCUUUGAGAGCCGUAGGCAACACUUAAAAAGGUUUGUGGAUGGCACCGAGAAGAUCUUGAUUUGCUCCAGAGGAAAUACUGUAUCCCCUGGGUUGGUUUCCUGUGCUCCUGCCCUGCCCUGCUGCCCAGCUGACCAUGAACCUGUCAGACCCCGCUGAUGAACCGGACCUCAGCCCUGCACCCCUAUGUGUGGUGUGUGGCCAAGCCCACUCCCCCGAGGAAAACCACUUCUACACCUACCCAGAAGAGGUGGACGAUGACCUCAUUUGCCACAUCUGCCUGCAGGCACUGCUGGACCCUCUGGACACUCCCUGUGGACACACAUACUGCACAGUCUGCCUCACCAACUUCCUGGUGGAGAAGGACUUCUGCCCCGUGGACCGCAAGCCUGUGGUCUUGCAGCACUGCAAGAAAUCCAGCAUCCUGGUCAACAAGCUCCUCAACAAGCUGCUGGUGACCUGCCCAUUCACCGAGCACUGUGAGGAGGUGCUGCAGCGCUGUGACCUGGAGCAUCACUUUCAAACAAGCUGUAAAGGUGCCUCCCACUACGGCCUCACCAAAGACAGGAAGAGGCGCUCCCAGGAUGGCUGUCCCGACGGUUGUGCCAGCCUCACGGCCACAGCGCUCUCCCCAGAGGCUUCUGCAGCUGCCACCAUCUCCUUAAUGACAGACGAGCCUGGCCUAGACAACCCUGCCUACGUGUCCACAGCGGAGGACGGUCAGCCAGCCACGGGGCCCCUGGACUCUGGCCGGAGCAACCGAACGCGGGCACGGCCCUUUGAGCGAUCCACCAUCAGAAGCAGAUCUUUUAAAAAAAUAAACCGAGCUUUGAGUGUUCUUCGAAGGACAAAGAGUGGAAGUACAGUUGCCAACCAAUCCGACCAGGGCAGAGAGGAUUCUGAAAACACCACCGCCCCUGACAUCUUUCCAAGGUUGUAUCACCUGAUUCCAGAUGGUGAAAUUACCAGCAUCAAGAUCAAUCGCGUGGAUCCCAAUGAAAACCUCUCCAUUAGGCUUGUGGGAGGCAGCGAAACCCCCCUGGUCCAUAUCAUUAUCCAGCACAUUUAUCGUGAUGGGGUGAUUGCCAGAGACGGCCGGCUACUGCCAGGAGACAUCAUCCUAAAGGUCAACGGGAUGGACAUCAGCAACGUGCGUCACAGCUACGCCCUGCGCCUCCUGCGGCAGCCCUGCCACGUGCUGCGCCUGACGGUGCUGCGGGAGCAGAAGUUCCGGAGCAGGAAUGACACGCCGCCCCUGGACACCUACGGUCCCCGGGAUGACAGUUUCCACGUGAUCCUCAACAAAAGCAGCCCCGACGAGCAGCUUGGCAUAAAACUGGUACGCAGGGUGGAUGAGCCUGGGGUGUUCAUUUUCAACGUGCUGGAUGGUGGCGUAGCGGACCGCCACGGUCAGCUGGAGGAGAACGAUCGGGUAUUGGCCAUCAAUGGACAUGAUCUUCGGUACGGCAGCCCGGAAAGCGCCGCGCAUCUGAUUCAGGCCAGUGAAAGGCGCGUUCAUCUCGUCGUGUCCCGCCAGGCUCAGCAGCAGGGUCCUGACAUCUUUCAGGAGGCGAGCUGGAGCAGCAACGGCAGCCAGUCCCCAGGGCCGGGGGACAGGAGCAACACUCCCAAGCCCCUCCAUCCUGGGGUCAUUUGUCACGAGAAGGUGGUAAGUGUCCGAAAAGAACCCAGCGAAUCCCUCGGCAUGACCGUCGCAGGGGGAGCAUCACACAGGGAGUGGGAUUUGCCGAUCUAUGUCAUCAGUGUUGAGCCCGGAGGAGUCAUAAGCAGAGAUGGAAGAAUAAAAACAGGUGACAUUCUGUUGAAUGUGAACGGGAUUGAACUAACAGAGGUCAGCCGGAGCGAGGCAGUUGCUUUAUUGAAAAGCACAUCCUCCUCGGUGGUACUUAAGGCUUUGGAAGUCAAAGAAUAUGAGCCCCAGGAAGACUGCAGCAGCCCAGCAGCCCUGGACUCCAACCACAACACAGCCCCACCCGGCGACUGGUCCCCCUCCUGGGUCAUGUGGCUGGAAUUACCACAGUACCUGUAUAACUGUAAAGAUGUUGUAUUACGAAGAAACACAGCUGGAAGUCUGGGCUUCUGCAUUGUAGGAGGUUACGAAGAAUACAAUGGGAACAAACCUUUCUUCAUCAAAUCCAUUGUGGAAGGAACACCAGCAUACAAUGAUGGAAGAAUUAGAUGUGGGGAUAUUCUUCUUGCUGUAAAUGGUAGAAGUACAUCAGGAAUGAUACAUGCUUGCUUGGCAAGGAUGCUGAAAGAACUUAAAGGAAAAAUUACUCUCACUAUUGUUUCUUGGCCUGGCACUUUUUUAUAGAAUCAAUGAUGGAUCACAGAAAAACAGGAAAUCACAAAUAAGCUAAGUUGAAACACUGUAUUUAUCUUGUCAAUUUUUGUAUUUGAAGGCUAUAUUGUAAAAAUGUGAAUUUUAAUGUCAGGAAAAGUAUGAUCUAAUGAAAGCCAGUUACAUCUUGAGAAAAUAUUAAUUCUCAAGACAAAACAUUACUAAUAAUUUCUAUUCACUGUAGAGAAUUUCUCAUUACUCUACAACGUUUAAGUUUAUAUUUUUCUAUUCAAUAAAAAGCUCUCAAACAGCUGAUAUGGUCUGUAUGACCCCACUGAAUUCAAAUCCCCCCAGUUAAAUUAACAAUCUGGUAUAUGCUAAGGUCUCUGCAAAAGGUACAAUCUGGACAUUUUAAAAACAAUUUCUGGACAGAGGAUUUUUAAAGUGCAUUGCUGGAAAAUGUUCAUGAAAUGAGAAAUAAAUAUUUUUCAAAAAUUA